GGUUACGCGCGUCAGACAGGGCUUCCAAACGCGUUUUGACUUCUUUCUUUUUUUUUGGUGGGUUUUCUUCUAUAUUCUGAGUUCUUAUUAGGAGCUGCACACUGCGCUAUAUAACGGAACUUGGGUGCAAUUUAAAAAUAAAUAACGCGCGAAGACCGAAGUUAUUGAACUUGGACGGGUUUGACGAACUUUUAACGAAGUUAAUGAGGGGAUGCCGGAUUUUAUGGGUGCGCACAACGCAGGUGUCGCUAAAGGCGCCACGGACCGACUUGGACCCAGCGAGAGCCCCUUUCUAAAAGGAGCGGAAUCCAUUUUCAUCAGAUGACUGGAAGCGCUGUCCGUAGUGAGCGAGGACCAGCCCAUAUUCGAGCCGCCUUACGCCGCGGUGCACAUGAAGGCCGAGAUGGCGUCUCCCGGCGGGUUCGGCCACGCCUCCAAGCAGAGCCCCGAGCCCACCGAGCCGUGGGUGGGGUCGGCGGCCCAGAACCCUGGGAAGAGAGGCGAACACGUCAACGGAAGCAGCCGUGAGUCCCCCGUGGACUGCAGCGUCGCCAAGCGCUCCAGACACGUGAGCAACGACGGGGCCCCGAUGCCGUACCAAUCCACGUACGCGGAGCCCCGCGUCAGCCCCCAGGCGGCCCCCCCGCCGCCCCCGCCGCCGCCACCCGCCGGCCCCACAGAGGAGAAGAGGGUCAUCGUUCCGGCAGACCCGGAGGUGUGGACACAGGACCAUGUGAGGCAGUGGCUGGACUGGGCCAUCAAGGAGUACGUGCUGGAGGAAGUGGACGUGGUGCUCUUCCAGGCUCUGGACGGCAAGGCGCUGUGCAAGAUGACCAAGGAGGACAUGAUGCGCCUCACGUCAGCCUACAACGCAGACAUCCUGCUCUCGCACCUCAGCUACCUCCGGCAGAGUAGUCCUACGUUCUCAUACUCCACAACCCCUACCAACACCACACCCCCAUCCCCACCCCCACAACAACAACAACAACAACAACAACCACCCAGACUACAGGUGAAAGCAGAGAGCGGUUUUGAGGAGAUCAGCUGCAGAAACAGCUGGGCGGCAAACACCAUGAGUCCAGCGCCAAAAGGUCCCUCCAUGGAGCACCAACACAGCGCGAGAGUUACAGAGCCCGUUGCAAGAAUUGUCCAAGACCCGUAUCAGACAUUAGGGCCCAUAAGCAGUCGGCUGGCCAACCCAGAAGGCCAAGCCCUCAGCUCAUCCAAGAACCGAACAGCCAAACAAAAUCCCUACAAGCUCCCUGACCCCAGCGCUCACAGGCCUGUGGGUUCGGGGCAGAUACAGCUGUGGCAGUUCCUGCUGGAGCUGCUGUCCGACAGCAACAACGCCGGCAUCAUCACCUGGGAGGGCACCAACGGCGAGUUCAAGAUGACCGACCCGGACGAGGUGGCCAAGCGCUGGGGCGAGCGCAAGAGCAAGCCCAACAUGAACUACGACAAGCUGAGCCGCGCUCUGCGCUACUACUACGACAAGAACAUCAUGACCAAGGUGCACGGCAAGCGCUACGCCUACAAGUUUGACUUCCAGGGCAUCUCGCAGGCGCACCAGAGCCACUCGGCGGAAGGAGGGAUCGUUAAGUACCAGACUGAGAUGUCUUACGUCCAGCCUUACCACAGCCACCAGCCCAAAAUGAACUUCAUGGGCGGCCACCCCGCCCCCAUGUCCGUCUCCCCCGGCAACUUCUUCAGCCCGCCGUCCCCGUACUGGAACUCACCCAGCAGUCCCAUCUAUCCCGGGUCAGCCAUGACCAGGCAUCCCACCACCCACUCCCACCUGAGCUCGUACUACUGAGCGACGGCGACGACCUUUCGAGGCCGAGCGGAACCCAGACGCACUAGAACACACAUUUACUCCAUCCAGGGCCGUUCCCGAGCCGAACCCCGUCUGAAACGAAGGAGGUAUGACGCGAGGGGUCUGAUCUUAUCAGGGCGUGGUUCUUCUUUUAGUCACGUUCCUUCUUAAACAUGGAUAAAACCCCAGGGUUAAUUAACUGCCAGGGAUUGGUAUCGUACGCCUCCCGAGAUUUGUUAUAAAUAUACUGAUUAACGGUUAUUCAAAUGUUUUGAAACCAAGUUUAUUUUGUAAGUACGUUGUUUGAUUUGUAAAGUCAUCGUCUCUACUGUGGGAGUAGCUAACGGUUUUGAAACUGGUCUUUUCGACUCUUGAAGAACUCUUGUUGAAACUGCAAAUAUCACAUUCAAUGGCCUGACAUUUGUAAAAGAGAAAUUGUAUAGAAUAAUGGUUAUGUAGCAAUAUAACAUUUACUCACCAUGUAAAGCUAAUAAAUGAUGCUUGUAUCUAAAAAUC